GCGAUCGCCGCCGACCGCGUUACGCGCGCACCGUCGUCGUCCCGCCGCCAAAUCCGCCGCGGCAGUGCUCUCUCAGUGUCGGUUCGUCGAUCACACGCAAUAUACGACGCACACACCGCGGUCGUCGGCUGUUCAACCAAUACCAUUAACAAUAAUAAUAAUAAUAAUAUUGAUUAUCAAUCGUAAUUAUAAUAUCGCAACCGUCGUUUUACCCGUCGCCCGUGAUUGUUACUAUCGUUCUGUUUGAAAUAUAUAAUAUUAUCGUACGACUUGGCUGUACAAUAGCGCGACUCGUAUAGGCGAGACGACACCGCACGACGUCGUUUGUUUGUUUGACGGAAGAGCUUAAUAUUUAGCGACGCUCGUUCGGGGUGUGUCUACACUGUUGCUUUUCACUCCCGCGGUACAUCCACGCGAUAUUUGCGAGACUGCUGUUAUUAAUUCUGUUUCUACUGCGUUGAUCAGCCGACGAAAACCGCGACGUUUCGGUUCCACAGCCGCCGAGUCGUUCGCGUACACCACGCGGGUGUUGCACACUCGUCGUAAUCUUCGCGAGUAAUGCGCACUGCGAACUCGUGACCACUCGCGCGAAGUGCCCACACAUUCAUAUGUACCUAGAUUACGUCCGUGGAGAACGCAGCCCCGCACGACGAUCCUGUUGACCGCCGAGGUCCAUGCGACCCUCUUGCACGCGCCGCUCCGAACGUCCACUGUCCGCAGCACGACCAGGAUCUCACUGAAAUGAGACGGCUCAAAAUUAUAUUCAUUUGUAAGCUGACGAUAUGUUUACUGACAUGGUCCGUAUUUGUAGCGGAGUUAGAUGCGCUACGAGGUUCUGCUGUUGUACUUCAAGCGAGAGCGAAAGCGGACAAAAAAAUUUCGGACCCGGAUGAAGCAAUCGACGUGGACGAAAAUGGGGAACAAGCAGUCGAGUUGAACGUAACCACGACCACAAAACCCACGUUGACAGGCAUACCACAGAUCGACUACGUGCACGAUCCAAAUUUGCCCCGGGAGCUGAACGGUUACAACUUAUCGGAAUAUCCGUUCCUAAACUCGGUGCCCGCAGAUAUCGAAUUCAAAUGCGACGGAUUGCAUGAUGGUUUCUACGCGAGCAUGCCUCAUAAAUGUCAGCUCUACCAUCACUGUCUGUUCGGCACGAGGUUCGACUUCCUGUGCGCCAACUACACAGCGUUCGAUCAAAAGACGUUCAUUUGCCAUUUCGUGUCCCAGGUGGACUGCCCAAACUCGGCCAAGUACUUUAGCAGAAAUGAUGCGCUGUACAAAGCCGCCGAGACGACGACGCUGCCGACGACCACCACGUCCACGACGGCCGCGCCACAGCAACAGCAACAGCAACAGCAGCAACAGCAACAGCAACAGCAGCAACAACAACCGUUCUACCCGCAAUACCAACAGCAACAGAUGCCGUAUGAAGGUCGCAGGGCCAUGCCACCGGGUUACGCGCAGGGCCGGAAGCGCAGGCCCUCCUACCGGAGGCGAAGGCCCGUGUACGAAUAUUAUUACGUAGACGACUACGACGACCAACAGGAGUACUACGACGAUAGCGUCGAGCAAAUGCCGGUGGCCAAAAAACCCAUAAGAAAACAUUCUAGGUUCAACAAUUACAAGCAGGCCGACCUAGAAGCCGAUUACCAGGAAAGCAGUUCUGAGUCUGACGCGCCGCCCAGCGGUAACUUCAAGCAGCACAGGGGACAACACGCGCAGCAGCAGCAACACCAGCAGCAACAGCAACAGCAGCAGCCACGGCAACAGCAACAGCCGUCGUCCACCGCAGUGACGAAGAACGUGUCCAAUCAGAUAUCUUCGGUGUACGACAAGCCCAGGGCCCCGCCCAAGAUCCGGCGCCCCGUACCCAUCAACGAACGCGAUCGAUACGAUUACGUUUCGAAGUCUGGCCCACAACCAGGUCCGUCGGCGGACGCCGCUCCCGCGCCCACCACCACCACGGCCGCAAGCACCACCAGCACCACCACAGAAGCCGCGCCGACGACAAAGUCGGGUUCCAAGGGCAGAGAGCCGUUGCCAAAGCCGGCCACGACCGAAGAUCCGGUCGAGUAUUACGACGACGACGAGGAAGUGGUGGCCGACGACGAGUACGCCGCGGAACCGGAUGUACCCGCUGCGGUGAAAUCCGCAGUGGCGUCCACCGCAGCCGCCUCAAAACCCGACCAGGUCGUCAAGCCUGUGAAGGCGGCCGCUGCUAGGACGGCCGUGGUGGUCGAUUACGACGCGGACCGCGUAAGGCGCCCGUCGACAGCGGCCAGGUCGAAGCCGGGCAGGGCACCCGCGACCGUCGCGCCGCCACCACAGCAGCCCGCGGCGCCGAGGAAGAGGCCGGCGGCGGACCGCGUGGCCGACGAUUACGAGGACGAACUACCGGUGGCGGCCACACGGCAGUCCAUCAACGCCGCGACCAAGCAACGAGCGUCCGGCCCGUUCCUGAUGCGGCCCUCGAAACCGACCAAAGUCAGAUCGCCGCCGGUCGACGAAGACGACGGUGUGGACGAAUCGGCGGCGGCCGCGGAGACGGUGUACCAGCACCAGGCCAGGCAGCCACAGCGCGUGAGCGUCAGACAGGUGAUGGCCGCUCCGCACGGCAACAGGCAGAGGCCGCAGCAACAACAGCAGGCCGACCGUCCGCACGCGCAGUACAACAACAACAACAACAACAACAACAACAACAACAACAAGCACGUGAGGGCGACGUCUGGGGCCAACAGAAGGCCCAUGCGGCCGGUCUACGAGUACGCCGACGAGUACUACGACGAGUGACGACCAAUUAUACCAUGAUAAUAAUAUUGACAAAAACGAUUAUAAUAAUACGAUAAAAGAGUACGGCCGUCGUACGAGUUGGCUACAAAUGAUGAUGUAUUUAGGUAUCGCAUAGCAGUGAUGUCUCUGCUCGGUGCUCGGUACAGUUAUAUUAUUA